AUGGAGGGCGGAGGAGGAAACAUCAAGGUCGUCGUGCGCGUCCGCCCGUUCAACUCAAGGGAACGCGAUCGAAAUGCAAAAUGUAUAGUCCAGAUGAAAGGCGCCCAGACGGUGCUCACCCCUCCUCCCGGCGCUGAAGAAAAGUCUCGCAAGGGCGGCAAGUCCUCUGCCACAGGAGCCAACGCAACCCCCGAGGGUCCCCGAGUCUUCGCAUUCGACAAAUCAUACUGGUCCUUCGACAGGAAAGCUCCCAACUACGCCGGCCAAGAAGACCUCUUCACCGACCUCGGUGCGCCCUUGCUCGACAAUGCCUUCCAAGGCUACAACAACUGUAUCUUCGCUUACGGCCAGACGGGAUCCGGCAAGUCGUAUUCCAUGAUGGGCUACGGCGAAGAGGCAGGCGUGAUACCCAAGAUCUGCAAGGAGAUGUUCCAGCGUAUUUCGGGCAUGCAGGUAGCGGACAAAAACCUGACGUCGACGGUGGAAGUGUCGUAUUUGGAAAUCUACAAUGAGCGGGUGCGGGACUUGCUUAACCCGGCUAAUAAGGGGAACUUGAAGGUUCGCGAGCAUCCUUCUACGGGACCUUAUGUGGAGGAUCUAGCGAAGUUGGUGGUGCAGAGUUUUUCGGAGAUAGACCAUUUGAUGGAUGAAGGUAAUAAGGCGAGAACGGUCGCGGCGACCAAUAUGAAUGAGACCUCGAGUAGAUCGCAUGCUGUCUUUACCUUGACGCUUACGCAGAAGAGACAUGAUAAGGAGACGACGAUGGAUACCGAGAAGGUGUCGAGGAUCAGUCUGGUGGAUCUGGCGGGAUCCGAGAGAGCGACGUCUACCGGUGCGACGGGUGCGAGGUUGAAAGAAGGUGCGGAGAUUAAUCGAUCGCUGUCCACGCUGGGUCGAGUCAUUGCUGCCCUGGCCGAUUUGUCCUCGGGCAAGAAGAAGGCAGUGGUGCCGUAUCGAGACUCGGUUUUGACUUGGUUGCUUAAGGAUUCGUUGGGCGGUAACUCCAUGACGGCUAUGAUUGCUGCUAUCUCCCCGGCAGAUAUCAACUACGAUGAAACACUGAGUACGUUGCGAUAUGCCAAUUCAGCCAAACGUAUCAAGAACCAUGCAGUUGUCAACGAAGACCCCAACGCGAGAAUGAUACGCGAGCUCAAGGAGGAACUCGCUCAGUUGAGAAGCAAGCUGGGCGGUGGUGCUGUUGGUGUCCCUGGUGCGCCCGCCUCUGCUACUUCUACGGGGAUACCGCAGGAAGAGUACCCGCCCGGAACACCGCUGGAGGAACAGAUGGUUACCAUCAUGCAAGCGGACGGUUCAGUCAAGAAAGUCAGCAAAGCUGAGAUCGUCGAGCAGCUCGACCAGAGUGAAAAGCUGUACAAGGACCUCAACCAGACAUGGGAAGAGAAGCUGCAGAAGACAGAGGAAAUCCACAAGGAGCGAGAAGCCGCCCUCGAAGAACUCGGUAUAUCCAUUGAAAAGGGCUUCGUCGGUCUCAGCACGCCCAAGAAGAUGCCCCAUCUAGUUAACUUAUCAGACGACCCCUUAUUGGCCGAGUGUUUGGUAUACAACAUCAAGCCCGGCACGACGACGGUAGGCAACGUCGACGCUACCUCUUCAGCAUGCGAGAUACGACUUAACGGAUCCAAAAUAUUGCAUAAACACUGCACCUUCGAGCAUGCCGAUAACAUCGUCACCGUCAUUCCCUGCGAAGGCGCCGCGGUGAUGGUCAACGGCGUGCGAAUAGAUAGCCCACAGCGACUCAGGAGUGGGUUCAGGAUAAUACUGGGAGAUUUCCACAUUUUCCGAUUCAACCAUCCCAUGGAAGCGCGUGCCGAGAGGGUAGAGCAGAGCCUCCUCCGUCACUCCGUCACAACAAGUCAACUUGGUUCAAACUCAAAUACUCCCGUCCGUGGACAUGAUCGAAACAUAAGCAAAACCGGUUCCGAGAUAGAUGGCGACUCAAGUCGGUCUGGCUCUCCGAUGCCAUCCCAGCGAGGCGGAGGCAGUACAGGACGAGAAGACUGGUUCUAUGCUCGACGAGAAGCAGCGAAUGCGAUAUUAGGUACCGAUCAUAAGAUAUCCGCACUUACAGAUGAUGAGUUAGAUGCGUUGUUCGAUGACGUGCAAAAGGCCCGCGCGGUGCGGAGAGGGUUCUAUGAGAACCGAUUCUUGGAUAUGGAGGAGGAUUCGGACUCGUUGAGCUCAUACCCUAUUCGAGAGAAGUACAUGUCCAACGGGACCAUUGACAAUUUCUCCCUGGACACGGCGUUGACCAUGCCUGGUACCCCGAAACAAGGUGAAUAUGACGAUACCAAUGAAUCCCCCUCGAACGCAAACUCCAGCACCAACGGCAACAACGAACCAGACACCGAAAAGGGGCGGAUGGAGAAGGCCCUGAUGGAAGCUAGAGAAGAGUUCCAGCAGCAGCUCCAACGUCAAAAGGAAGCCUUUGAAACGCAAAUAAAGGGCAUCGCACACCUAUCCGGCCACAUGACCGAGGACGGACCCGGGUUCUCCUUUCUUGAACCACGCGAGAUAGAAGUAGCUCGGAACGUGCUCGCACACUGGCGAAGAAGAAACUACGUCCGCAUGGUCGAGUCCGUUCUCCAGCACGCCUCGCUUCUCAAAGAAGCACAAGUAAUGAGCCACAUAAUGGACAAACACGUCUUUUUCCAAUUCGCCAUCGUCGACGUAGGCCAGAGCAUGGGCUCGUCCUACGAUCUCGUACUAAACGGCAUAUCAGGGGAUGACGACAUGACUCUCGACGAUGCUAAGAAGCCCUGCAUAGCUGUCCGAGUGAUUGAUUUCAAACAUAACGUCAUCUUGCUCUGGUCGUUGGAAAAACUUGAGCGUCGUGUGCAGGCCAUGCGGCAGAUGCAUCAAUACAUCGAUCGACCCGAUUACAUACAACAUUUCAAACUUGAGAAUCCCUUCUCGGAACAGUGUUCGCCUACUUACUCGCUUGUAGGCGACGUAGAUGUCCCGCUCACAGCAGUGUUCGAGUCAAGGGUUCAAGAUUUCUCAGUCGAAGUCGUCUCAAUCUACACCCAGAACGUCAUCGGCAUACUGCGUCUUUCCCUCGAACCUUCCGCUGCCCAAGCGCCUUCGUCAACGCUGAAAUUCAACGUCGUGAUGCGUGACUUGGUUGGUUUCGCUGAACGUGAAGGCACGGAUGUCCAUGCUCAGCUCUUUGUCCCAGGUAUAUCGGAAGAAGGCGGCGCAACGACUACACAAAUCAUACAGGGCUUCGAUGAGAAUCCUGUCCAGUUCGAAAGUGUGCAUAGCAUGAGUCUACCGCUCAACAGUCCCCGAACAUCGACGUUGAAAGUUAGCAUCUUCGCACUCGUGUCCAGCAUGCAUCUUGACAAGCUUCUUAGCUGGGACGAGAUGCGCGAUGCACCUGAAGCACCGCCCCAGAAGCGCAAGGCACCCCGUAUAGCUGAGUCGGAAUACUUCCAGGAAGAAAGACAUGAUGUCUUUGCUGGCGUGCAGAUACUCGAACUCGCGGAGAACGGCGAAUACUUGCCCGUCGACGUCGUGCAGGCUAACAGUCUCGAGGCGGGGACCUAUCAGCUUCAUCAGGGCCUUCAGCGCCGUAUAGUGGUUAACUUAGCUCAUAGCUCGACUGAGAGUUUGCCGUGGGAUGAUGUUACUGCGUUACGAGUCGGUGGUAUCAGGCUACUUGAUCCCUGGGGUAAAGUCCCUGAUCUAGACGAUGGUAAAUCCAUUGAUAUCCCGCUGAAAAUGAUCCAAGAACCCUUGGUCAAGGAUAAUGCGGAUGGAUCUUCGAAUAUCACGAUCAUAGGACAGUGGGACUCGAGUUCUCAUGGCUCCCUGCUCCUCGAUCGCACGACGGCGGAUAAAUAUAAGGUACAAAUAACAUUGCGCUGGAACUUGAUUUCCUCACGUCUACAGGAGCCGAUUGUCUUUGAGCUCGAUCAGUGCCUGCAGAUUCUUGGUCGGUCUAGUGUUCGGCCGCAGUCGAUGUUCAAGCAGUUCUGGUCCUCUACGCGGGUAGUACAUUCGACUUCGCAGAUGUUUUCCGUUGCGGUGCGACCUGUCUCGGCCAAACGGGCAGCGGACCUGUGGCGCAUGAAUACGCAGAACGAUUACAUCAAGGGAGAAGAACUGCUUACUACCUGGUCGCCUAGAAAAGUCUCUUUGAUAAAGGACUAUAUUGCUGCGCGGAAGAGACGACAUCGAAUAGCUGAGAUCGAAGCUGCUCGAGCAGCGCUAAGUGACGGCAGCUUAACCCCAUUGUCCGCAAAUGGCCACUUAACCCCUUUAUCACGAAAUACCCCCGAACACGCCGAAAGACGUGAACAGCUACUACGCAAAUACCUCGGGCUCUGGUCUGCCAGCAAAGAUCCCACCGACACCAUCCUCGUAAAGGGACACAUCGAGCCUCCUCUUCAGGGAGCCGCAUUUGCCCCAACCACAACCGCAUCCACGUUCACCACAGAUAACGACAGCGUAAUCUCCAGCGCCAACGCAUCCUCUCAGCAAUCAACAUCUACCUCCACAGACCGAUUCUCCUCCAAACCUCGCUUCCUCGCUACAAUAACGCAUAUCCCUAAAAACCCUACAGUCCUUAAAUCAGGCUACCUCUACACCCCCGAUGACACCUACAGCCUUUGGGUCCGUCGCUUCGUCGAACUCAGACUACCAUACCUACACAUCUAUUCUGUUCCCGACGGCGAUGAAAUAAACAUCAUCAAUCUACGCAAUUCCCACGUCGAUCAUGAUCCGGACUUCGCCAGACUGCUGGUUGGAUCUAGUGGGAACGGUCUGUCGUCGCGCGGCCAACCGAAUGUCUUCGCUGUGUUCGGGGCGCAGAACACGUUCCUUUUCGCUUCAAGGACCGAAUCCCAGAAGAUCGAGUGGAUUCUAAAGAUCGACGAGGGGUAUUUCAGCGGUAUCAACAGUAACCACGGUAGCCGCGGGCCUUCAAGACGAUAA